UGAUGAGUUCUCUCGGCGGUAUCUUUGAGUCGGUAAGAUCGAGGUUUUUCUUCUCGUAGGCACAAGUCCAUAUCCAUUAUGCCUAAAGUAAAUUCCACAUCUCGUUUCCAUGUCUUGUAGUUGGAAGCAUUCAAAAUAUGGAUGGAAGCAUUAUUGUUGUUCACAGAAAAGGAGACUGAAAAAUUCAAAAAUUAAAACUUGAAUAAGCAAUAUGAGCAAUGUAUUAGAAAAUAUUGUAGAAUCAACUGGUCAUUAUAAACUCCCCUUUGGGGUGAGAAUAUAACACACACAUGAUUUACCUUCAUGAAGUUAACAACAAAGAAAAAAUACAUAUCAUUUAAGAAUUUUAUUACCUUUGGGCAAAUAAAUUUCUUAAAAAUAUGUAUUAAUUCAAGCAAAAAAAUAAUAAUAAAUUUAUAUAUUUAAAUUAUUACCUUUGGGCAAAUAAUUAAAAUAUAUACAUUUAAUAUUAACUCACUUCAUGGAAUGUGAACUAAUAUAUGUAAAUACUACCUUUGGGCAAGUAAUUACACAUAUAGUCAACCAAAAAUAUAAUAUUUUCUUCAACAUGUGAAAUUUGGUGAUAAAACAAUCAUUGAAAAUUAAUAAUUUUCAACCAAAUUUCCAAAAGAGAUAUAUAAUUGCUUAUAUUAUAUUGAUAAUAAUAAAAAAAAAUAAAGUGUCCACCAUAACACAUUAUUUUUUAUAUCAAAUAAUCAAGUUUUAUAACUUUAGAACAACAAUUAAUGGAAAAAUGUGAAAUAAAGAAUAUUGGUGGAGAUUACAUAGUCAAGACAAAUUAAAUAAGAGAGUGACUAUGUUUUAUGGAACGAGAAGAAACUCAAAAAAUUUUCUAUGAUUGACAAAUUUCGAAAAAUUAUCAAAAAAUAUUUUUAAUAAUUUUUAACUACAUAAUUAUCAUUAAAAUAAUAAUAAUUAUUAAACGGAGUCAAAAAAUUAAUUAAAAAUCAUAGAAAAAACAGAAAUUAAAUUCUAAUAACGCUGAAAAAAAAAAUCGUCGAAAACGGACCUCCCAGCCGGCCCCACGCGCCCCCACGCGCCGCCUGCGCGAGUGGGCUUCGCGGCUGGGAGUUGUCUUCUUCCUCCAGCCGGUUCUGGGAAACGGGUCACGCGACCCGGUUGUGCAGUCCGGGUCUGGUCGUGUUUUCCGGCCAAAACUCGACGAAAACACCGGAAUUUGGAUGGGUUUUGCUCGGGAUUGAAUUUCUAAUUGAUCUAUGCUACUAAUUUCGGGUAUUAAAGACUAAAAAACAAUAGAUCUAAAGAAAAGCGAUCCAAAAAAUAAAGAGCAUAAAAAAAUUGAUUUGGAAUAUCAAUCUUAAUUACCAUACAAAAUUAAUCAUUUAAGAACAUUCAUAAACAAUUAAUAAUGAGAUAUCUAUAAUCAAUUUUAGAUUAAAAACCAUAAAAUCAAAAUACACAAUUAAAAUUUCACAUUAUAAUCAUAUAAACCCUAAAACUUUAAAAUUAAAAUUCUCUUAAUAUAGACUAUGAAUUCAAACACAUAAUAUAUCAAUUGAAAGAGAAUUUAAAGAUCAAUAAAAUCCCUAAAGUUUUAAGAUUUAUAAACAAAAAAUUACACAUAAAAUAAUAACGAAAUUGAUAUGAAAUUAUGGAUAAUUAACAUAUACAAAUUAAUUAUACUAAUUAUAGGUUCUAAAUCAUAUACAAUAGGCAAUCUGAUACCACAUGUUAAAUAAAUUAACAAUUAACCCAAGAUCUAUUUGUAUAUAGCAUAGAACACAAUAGUAGUAUAUGAUAAUUGAGUAUGUGUACCUGAUUGAUCCAUAGCAAUUAUCUCUGAUUGAUCCACAGCAGUUACUCCAAUUUGAUAGUGCAAUACUAUCAACUAAGUCUUCCUCCCUAGAUCUCUAAAUCAGAAGCAGUUUAUUUUCUCUGAUUAUCAAAAGGUAUACAAUUGUGAUGAGACAAUAUGUAUUUAUAGAGUUAGGGAGGGGACUUAGCUACAAAACCCUAGUUGGGGUGGGCCUGCUCAUCAAAGGCUUCAGUCAACUAGAAAAGCCCACACUUCUGCUUCACCUAGACUUUACUCACAGAUGCUAAGCCCAUUAACAAUUGAUCACCAACAACAUGGGCUAACACAGCAAAGAACUAUCCAAUCAACCCAAGUUUUAAUAAAACCAAUAAAAUUUAAUGUAAGCCCAAAUAAAAGUCUAACAAGGAAAUCAGAUAUCAGGAACUAUUCCACCUGGUAUUGGAAAUCUAGUAAGCUUAAAUGAGUUUCUUAUGUAUGACAAUAAGCUAAAAGGAGCUCUUCCUGAAACCAUUGGUAAACUUCACAUGUUAGAAAGAGUGCAUCUCCAUGCUAAUGAAUUCUAUGGAGAAAUUCCUUUUUCCAUUGGCAAUCUCAGUCGAUUGAGUGAGCUUCGAUUAGAUGAGAACAAUUUUCAUGGAAACAUCCCUUCUAGUCUCGAAAAUUGCAAAAGCUUGUUGUGGUUGGACCUUUCCAGUAACUCCUUCAAUGGUACCAUUCCCCCAAAUGUUAUUGGUUUGUCAUCUUUGUCAAAGUCUCUAAAUCUGUCCAGAAAUUAUUUGAGUGGUUCUUUGCCUUGGGAAGUUGGUAACUUGAAAAAUCUUGUCGAGUUAGAUGUUUCGAAAAAUAAUUUGUCUGGUGAUAUUCCUAGCAGCCUUGGGGAUUGCACAAUCUUACAAAGACUUAAUAUGGAUCAUAACAAGUUUGAAGGAGUUCUUCCAGAAACUUUGUACUCGUUGAAAGGCAUUGAAGAAAUAGACUUAUCAUAUAAUAAUCUUUCUGGGCAUAUCUCAAAAGACUUGGCUAAGUUAUCUUCCUUGUCAAAAUUGAACCUUUCUUUCAAUGAUCUGGAGGGUGAGCUUCCAACAGGAGGUGUUUUUGGUAAUUUCAGUGGAAUUUCAAUUUCUGGUAAUGACAAGCUUUGUGGGGGUAUACCUGAGUUAGAACUAAGAGAAUGCUUUAGAAAACAUAACUUGUCUUUUGAGGCCAAGUUGACAAUCUCUAUAUGUUGUGCCCUUGUAGUAUUACUACUAUUAUAUGCUGUAAUCUACUAUUUUCUUAGGAAGUCAAAAAGGAAAGCUUUAAAAUCUUAUGAGAGAGAUCCUGUCAUGAAUAUUUCAUAUGGGGAGCUCCUUAAAGCAACUAAUGGUUUCUCUCCCAACAAUAUGAUUGGACAAGGUGGGUUUGGCUCUGUCUAUAAAGGAAUCCUUGGACCACAUCAAACAAUUGUAGCUGUGAAAGUAUUCAACCUUGUAAAUAGAGAAGCUACAAAGAGUUUCAUGACCGAAUGUGAAAUUCUAAGAAGUGUCAGAUACCGAAACCUUGUGAAGAUUAUUGAUGGUUGCUCGGGUGUUGAUUACCAAGGUAAUGAUUUCAAGGCUCUCAUAUAUGAAUUCAUGCCAAAUGGGAGUUUGGAAGAUUGGCUGCAUUCUAUUCCAGCAAAAAAUUCAGAAGAGCAACAGAAAAGUUUGAACUUGUCUCAAAGAUUAAACAUAGUGAUCGAUGUGGCAUCUGCCUUAGAUUAUCUUCAUAACCAUAACCAAUUACAUAUUGUACAUUGUGAUCUGAAACCAAGUAACAUUCUUCUUGACCAAAACAUGACUGCCCAUGUAAGUGAUUUUGGUUUGUCAAGGAUUAUUAUUGAAGACAGUUCUAUAAACCAGACAAGUUCCAUUGGAAUAAAGGGUACUAUUGGAUAUGCAGCUCCAGAAUAUGGCAUGGGAAGCAAGGUGACAACUCAAGGAGAUGUAUACAGUUUCGGUAUCCUCUUGUUGGAGAUUUUCACAGGGAAAAGGCCUACAUAUGCAGGCUUCAAAGAUGAGUUGAAUUUGAACCGGUUUGUCAAAACAGCUUUACCUGAAAGAGUGAUGGAAGUAGUUGAUUCUCGUCUUGUUUUUCGCGAAGAGGAGGAAAGAGCUACUACUAGCAGCAGCAGCAGCACACUGCUCCAAACAAGAAGAGGAAAAGUAGAUGAGUUAUUAAUUUCUAUACUCAAAGUUGGAGUCAUGUGUUCGGAAAUAUCUCCAAGAAACAGGAUACAAAUCAAUGAUGCUCUUAACAAACUGCAUGAAAUUAGAAACUUGGUCCUUAAAGAUGAGUUGGUUUAGAAAUAAUGCAUAACAACAACCACAAAGGUGGUUCUAUAUAUUGCCUAAGAAUUCAAGAUCAAUAUAGUUUUUUAAGCCAAAAAUAAACACUUAAUUGGCUUACUUUACUUGAUCUAAUUGAUGAUAUAGUUUUAUGAUUUUGCAGCCUUAGAGGAGGGAGUUGCCGCAACUGCAGAUUAGAGAAACGAGAGACAUGUGACUGAUGCUGUUGUUGUAACAUAGACUUAUUGGUACUUGUGAACACUCAAACAUGUUACAUGGGAUGAAAUGAAGAUUGAAAAACAAUGUGGAAGGGACUUAAUGUCUUGUACAAGAGAAUCGAACUUAUAGAAGCAUUUAGCUAUUUGUAGUUUGCUAAAUAAAGCAACAAAUCCUUUUAUCUUAGUAUCUACGAAUGGAGUUAGGUGGCGUUUGGUUGGAGGUAAUGAAAUGGAAUGGAAUGGAAAGGAAACAAUUUUCAUUCCAUUACUUUGUUUGGUAGUACUGGAAUGUUAUUCCAAUGGAAUGACAUUUCCACCAUUUUGGUGGAAUGACAAUUCCAUUUUGAAAUGGAAGGAAAAACCAUUCUAAUGCAUGAUAAGUAAAAAUCUAAUAAAUUUUUUAUCAAUUGCAUUUUAAA